GCAGGAAUGUGUGGACAGAAGCAGCUGCAGGGGGAGGGUGAUGUGAUUCACCGCGUUAUCUUCCGCUGGCUGUCAUAUCUUCGAUUGGAGGAGUGAAGUUUUCAUUUGUACCUUCUCUUCCUCCUCCUUCUCCCCACUCGGAGCCCCGCCUCGGGCCGCUGGCACACCUGGACUCGGAGCAGCGGCGGCGGCUAAAUCUGCGGAGGAGCCCGGUGGUCUGGAGGUCUAGAGGUCUGGAAGUUGGAGGCUUCAGGACGCUUCGACUCUCAACAGUAGGUUUCAGUGAUUUCAAAGCCUCGUCGUAGCCGCAUGCAGUGAACCCAGCGACUUUGACGCAUUUACGACGCUGAAAAUGGGCCAAAUGCGCCAGUCAGGACGCAUGCGAGAAUAAACAGUCAGAAUGGGUGAAGCACCAGCCAGAGAGGAUGGCACAGUGACCCGGUCAGCAGAGUAUGUGGGCUCAUUUCCUGUGGACGACCGCUGUUUGGACGAGCAGAUUAAGCAACUGGACACACAGCUGACGUCCCUCAGAACAUGCAAGAGACGGCGGCCUGUGUCCCUGAAAUUCUCCAUUAAAGGUGUGAAAAUGUACAAUGAGGAUGAAACAACCCUCCUCAUGGCUCAUGCUCUGCGUAGAGUCUCUCUGUCCACCGCCCGGCCCGUCGAUGCCCAGUUUGCCUUUGUCUCCCAUAACCCAGGCAGCAUCGAUGCCCAACUCUACUGCCAUGUCUUCAAAGCAAGGCAUUCCAGAGCGGCCCAAUUCCUGAACUUGCUGCUGUGCCGCUGUUUCCAGCUGUCUUACUUGGAGAAGCACCCAGAAGAGGCUCAGGAAGACUCUGUUGGCUCAGCGCCUCGCCGCAACCCUUCACUACUCAACCACGGCUUCCCUCUUAGCGUCAGUGCCUUGGUGUCAUUCAGGAGAGCCCCUUUUAGGGGGUUGCUGCCAGGCACUAAGAAAAAGCAGAAGUCUUUCGAGGAACAGCACAGCAGUCAAGACGAAGUCUUCCCCACCUCCUCCCCGUCCCUGGUGCGCAAGAAAGCCAUUCGUACCAAAGCGCUGCGUUCUGGUGCCUACCGCUCCUUCACCUUCACGCCGCUCAAACAGCGCAAUGUUCAGGAGCGACUGAGCUCAUCACAAGGAAAGAACCAAGACAAGAUUCCAGGGAGGAGAUCCCGGGCUCCCAGCUUGGCCGAAACAGAAGAAGCUCUGGCUCAAGCUGUGUGGUGUUGGGCUGGUAUCGCAACUGACAGCAGCUAUUCCCUGCUUGCAGACGAUGUUUUGGGAUCAUACCUUCUUUGCCCACAUCCCAAAAAACCCAAAUGUGGUUCUCUGAUCAUUCGCUUCCCCUCUGGCCUCAUCACCCACCUCAUAGAAAACACUCGUAAAGGGAAAUUCUUGCUGGAGAAAUGCAAGACGGAGUUCAGCUCUCUAGCAGAGCUGAUUGAACACUACACGGAGACCCAGGACAACCUGCCGUGUCCGCUGAGCUGUGCUCGGGUGAACCACUGCUACGAGUGGGAGGAAGAUACCAGCAAGCAGCAGCCUGUAAAGCUACACAGGAGCCCAAACAAAAUCAAAACUAAAAGUACCCACAGAAAGGCAUGGGUGUAAACCCUAGACCCUGGAACAUAUGGACUGCCAAACUUAGAGGAUGCAAAAUACGGGACACUCUUUAUUUCUUUUGCACAUUUUUCAUCUUUUUCUUUUAAUGCACGUGGUAUUGUGGGGAGACUUCACUAACUGUAAAAUAAUGCACCUAUUUGCAAUGUUGGCACUUACUUAGGGUACUUAUUUGUUAAAGAUGUCAUACUUUGUGCAUGCUGCUUUUAUGUUUUUGAAUAUACUUUUUAAAGACUGUUUUUAUAUGUGCCUAUGAGGCAUCAGAGGAGUUUUAGUGUUUUUAUAUGUGAACCUAACAAACUGAAUCUGUGGAGUGAAUUUUAUCACUCAACCUGAUGCCAAAACCUUGGCUUUCUUACUGGCCUUGUACAGAUGUUACGCAUAUCUAUUUGUUCAAAUGUGACUUUUUCCUUGAAUUUUAAAUGUGCUUGCAGAUUACUGUAAGUGAGUUUAGACUUAUUGUGUGUUAGUAAUGGUAGUGUACAUCCUGAUGUGUCCUGCUUUAAGGAAAUAUGAUUAUGACCCAUUGUUUUCUAUAUCUUGGCGUCUCAGAGUGUAUUACUACCCUGAGCAUGGCGUCAAGUUAUGUUUGUUUUGCUGGUAAUGUGAACAGUUAAAUAUAAUGAAAGCUACUUUUUUUUUUAAAGCCCAAAGCUUAUUUUUUUCAGCAGAACAUAGUACAAACUAGUUGAAGUUCUGCCCAGGGAUUUUGGUUAUUAUAAGACUACAUGUAGUAUUGUUUCCUUGUCUGGUAGAACAAUUCUCUAAUGAGUCCUUUCCAUAUUAAGUUACCAUACAUUUAUCACUUUGUUCACACCAGUUUGAGAAUAAAUCAUGGGCUUUUCUGUUUUCAUUCCACACCCUACAAAA